UCGUAGAUAGAGUCCAAACUAAGCCACAGCCUUCUUUUUAGCCAGCCGAGUGAGCCAUCCACAAUAGACCAUCUUUGAGCUCGUCUUCUUCCGGCUCAGAAAUGUGACGUAAAGGGCGCAAAUAUACAAGGGAGGUCUUUGUAGUAAGUUGAGACGCUUGAGCCGCAGCGUUUCCCUCACGAGAGAAGAUGCACAACUGGCAGGAGAACGAAAUCAAAGAACUUCUGAACAUCCGGGGCACGGAGGCGAUCCGCAACCAGAUCACAGGCACCGUGAAGGACUCGGUGGUUUACAGCCGGAUCACCAAGCAGCUGGCGGAGCGGGGGGUGUUCAGGUCCCACAUGCAGGUGAUCAGCAAGCUGAAGGCGCUGAGGAAGCAGUACCUCAAGUACCACCAGCAGAAGAUCCGCUGCGGGAGCGACCGCGUCGACUGGCCGUUUUACGACCAGUGCCACCGGGUCUUCGGUUGCCCCCCCGUGGCGGUGAAGCGCCAGAGGAGUCCCACGCCCCCGCUGGAGUCCUCGCCUUCGCCCCCGCCGCCACCGCCGACCCCUCCGCCACCUCCGCCGCCGCCGCCAUCCGCGCUCAGCGACGAGCAUCAUGAGGUCGUGGUCGGCCUCUGGGACGAGGUGGACAAGCAUCUGGGUCCCGUGGAGCCGGAGGACGACGAUGACCAGUACAGUCCACCAGAGCAGCUGCACACCAUCAACACCACGUACAAGGUGCCAACGAAGAAAAGGAAAACGACGGUCAUGGACCAGGUCUCUGCUUUAGUGUCGGCCACAGUCGCCCAGCUCAGAGAGAUGGACGCCGCCAUGCAGGCGCAGGAGGACGCCCGGCUUCAGAGGCUAAUGGACCACGAGAGGGAAAUGCAGAACAGUCUAAUGAAUCAGCUCGCGGUCAUGCAUGAACGGGUCAGUCAAGAAAACCAUGAGAGACACAUGGAACUCGUUGACAGGAUACUCUCUAGGUUCCCUUCGUCUUCAGCCCCAUCAGGCCGCUGACCGGCUUCCUGUGUGGGUGAAGAUGGUGAACGACAGGGUUGUCCUCUUUUUGAGGUGAAGGGAACAUGUUUGACUCUCCCCUCCACCAGCUGACUAGUGCCUGAGACCCCGUUACUUGUUUUUAAUUUUUUUUUACUGUAUUUAAAAAGAUCAUUUUGCAUUUAACCUCAACCCCAUUGGCCUGCAGCGGAUACAGAUUCAGGUUGAACCCAGACCAGGCUCCCACCACUGCUCUGAUUCACUGCUCGUGAUUUUAUCUGUAUUAUCUUAAAUUAUUAUUUCAUUGCAAACUGACCGUGGUGUCAAACACACAAAUGUACAGAAACAAUAACCAAACACUAACCUGACAGGGACAGAGACUCUCCACCACUGUAGCAGCAUCAUAAACCAUUUGUUAAAUGCAUAUUGCUAUGCAAUAUUCCCCCAAAUCGUAUAUAUAUAUAUAUAUAUAUAGAUAUAUUAUCUUCCAGUUGUGAAAUGAUGUAUAAUUGUGUUGCAGUGUUUUGGCAACUGGUUUUGAUUUUGACGAACAUGUAUAUUUUUAAUCAUGAUAUUUGUAUUAGUUUAGAAAGCGUAACUUACACACAGCUUUGCAAUUUUCUGUGUUAACAUUAGUGCAACAGGUCACGUCAAAUGAUGUGAGCAAGAGCUGGGUGGGUGUGUUCUCACAGACGCACACAGACUGUUGUCCAUUCGUCCAUCACAACAUUCAGUCUUUACUAAAUAUAAUUCAUCGUAGAAACAAUUUAUUUAAUUAUUUUCUAAAUUUCCUGAACAUAAUAAGCUCAUGUGUUGUAGCGCAUAUAUCAACUGUUGGUUCAUGUGGAGUGAACUGGGCUGAGAGAAAUAACGUCCUCUGCAGUGUGAGGCUGCUGAAUCUAAAUCUGGAGACUUUCAACACCUGCAGUGUGAACACAGCUUUCCGUUUGCAGGAAAGGAGACAAAGGUGUCGCAAAGCAAACCCCCAGAGUGUGACGUGUGGUCGGACGUGCUGUGCCUCUCCCACCACCUCAGCUUAGCAUGUGGGUGUGUGAACAGUGAGCCCAACGCUCAGGCAAAACAAAUCAUUGGCCGCCGUGGCCUUUUGUUGUGGGAAAUGAUCGAGUAAGCGUUUGCGUUUGCUUUCAUUUGGGAGCGUUCAUAUGUAGAAAGAGCUGCAUGAGUUCAGUAGAGGGGGCGGUCGCUGCACAUCACCCGAGGAAAUGCUGUUCAAAUGUGUCAUUUAGAGAAGACGCGGCUGUGUGGAACAUUGAUGUAAAGAUCAUGUUUCAGCUGUAACAGUGCUGCAGCGCCCCCUGGAGGGAGAGGAAGCCAGAGAUAGCUCCAAAGACGAGUCAAACGCUGGUGGAGGAAAUGCUGCUCCUCAGUGGUGUGUGUCUGUAGCACAGGUCAUAGGGAUGCAAAGCAAAUACUCAGAAACUGAUAAAGGUUUAAAGUUGUAAGAUUUAAUAAACAUAAAAUGCAGUGAUGUUACAUUGAGUAUAAAAGGUAUUGAUAGACUUCACAAACUAAGAAUAUGAAGUUAUAUGCCAGUCGCUGUAUGAAGUGUCAUUCUUGGCUGACACGGAAUUCCCGGUUGCGUUUACUGUGUUCAGCAUCCGGGAGAAAACGUGUCAUUGAGGAACAACACCUGUGGUCCAACCAAAACUCACUCGUCAAACCAAAAUUCAGUCGUUGCACACAAAUACACCUUUUAACAAACCAGCAACACAGCAAUGAAGUGCUUUAAUGUUGUUACCUUCACUUUCUUUACUGAUUUGAAUGAAAACAAAAGUGAAAUCCUACAGUGGUGAGCUCCUAACCUUCACUCUAAUGAAUCAAGUAAACCACUCAUAAGCUAAUCAGGCCUUGGUUUGUCUGUGUGGUUCAGUCAGCUGGGAUGUGUAUUCAUAUUAUUAUACUUUUAUACUGUCCUAUGUUUUACUGUUUUAAAUAUAUCAUUGUUUUUUUUUCUUUAAAGGAACAAUAAAGUUUUCAGCUGAUAUAUAAUAUGAAAAAAACGGUCAUCUGUGGUUGAAACGUGAGGAUGUGAGCCAGGAUUCGGUCAAAAGGUUUCGUGGUAAAGAGGAGAGCUCGCCGUCAGCCCGUCUGCUGAGGGGGUCCCGUGCGAUGUGGGAUGGAAACGGACGCCAUAACCAGCUGGAGUCCAGAUUCACAGCUGCAUUAUGGGUUCCGUUACAAUCCCACCCACCAAAACAAGGGUCAGGGCUCAGGUCCGGGCAGCACAGCACAGCACAGCACGCUGAGGAGAGGAGAACAGUUGUUGUGAACAGGAGAUGAAUUAUCAGAAUGUACGGCUGCGUGUGCAGAAUAUGAAAACGUUUUUACAAGUUGCAGAUUUUGAAAGUGACGUGUCCUGCAUUUGAUGGAAAAAAUGAAAGAACACAAGCAUUAGAUACCAGCCAAAUCACACGGAAAGAUUCUGCUGAACGGCAUCCUACUUUGUGCACAACCCACAUUGAAAACCGUACCUGUUGUGGUAUUACUUUUAGAGGGUCAGUUCACCAGAUAGUUGUGUCAAAUCUUUGUAAAUCUCUCUCCAACUGCUGCAGACUGAAUCUGAACUCUUUCAUAUUUUAUGUUCCUGAUCUCAGGCCUCAGACAGUAGUUUUCUGUGUGGGACUGUGAGCAGCAGGCAGUUGUGUUUAAAAAAAAGUAUAUGGUUUUAACACCUUAGCUUCCUCCGGCUCCAUUUAGUCUGUUUUUGUUUUUCAGUGACUCUAUGAUGUGAUUACAAACCACCAGCAAUGAGUGUUAUGAAACCACUGAGCUGUAGUUUCAAUUAUUAUUAUUAUUUUGAUCACUCUUCAGUAACUCUUCAUUUUUUACUCUUUGACAACACCGACAGAAACAGAUUUUGGAAACUUGGUUCACUGGACGAUAACAAAUAAUAAGACCAUUGAAAGUCCUUCAUUCACUCUGAUGUUACUGAGUGAAGACAGAAACAAUAUUUAUGAUUAAUUUGAACGAGCAUAUCUAAGACACUGAAUAUUGUGGGGAAAGAUUAUUUUAAUAAAAAAAAAAAUACAGAUUCUUUUUUUUUAAAGCUUUGCAAACCCCUGUUAACCCAACAGUCUUUCAUUUGCAGCAUUGAACCGUAUUCCACUGAAACCGCAUGAAGAGGAGGGCGAGUGGGGACACUUGCAGCUUCCUCGUGGUGCAGGAAUCAGAAAGAAGAAUGAAAAAACAUUAUGGCUGUUUGUGGAGAAAA